GCAACAGGAGCGAAACCCAAACCCGGGAAAAAUGCAGGCUAGGGAUGGAGUCCACUCUCCCCAGUGGCUACGUUUUGAAGAACGCCUGGCAUCCAGAAUUCUGCGCUCUGUCUGAUUUCAGCACUUUGGACAAGAUCCAAGCUUGUCUGAAGAGGAAAAUCAUUUAUCUCAUGGGGGAUUCGACAUUACGCCAGUGGAUUGAUUUCCUUUCAGAGAAGGUUAAAACACUGAAGUUCAUUGACUGCCACGGGAGCGGCAAAUUCAAAAGGCAACUGCUUCUAGACCCAGAGAGGAAUACUUUUGUUCAAUGGAAAAAACAUGGGCAUCCCUUUAUGACCGUGGAGUUCUACUCAGUGAAAGAUCAUGAUUACAUCCCCCGUGAAAUUGACCGACUGGCAGGCGGUGAAGGCACAGUUGUCGUUGCUACCCUGGGCCAGCAUUUCCGACACUUCCCUAUGAACAUCUUUGUGAGGAGGAUGCUGAAUGUUCGUGAAGCCAUCCAACGCUUACACCUAAGGAGUCCAGGCACAAAAGUCAUCAUCAAAGGAGAGAACAUCCGGGAGACAUAUAUAGACCAAGAGAGGGUGGGUAACGUCCAAGCCUACCCCCAGUACCUCCUCACAAGGGACAUCUUUCAUGGUCUGAACAUUGGCUUCAUUGACGCAUGGGACAUGACCACUGCAUAUGACGCAAGGGAACUUCAUCCACCUAACCAUGUGAUUUGGAACCAAAUAAUUAUGUUUUUAACAUAUAUUUGUUAGGUGGUUUCUACACCCCAAGGCAAACAAAAAAGAUUCAGGGCUCCGGUUCACAUUGUUCUCAUCGAACCAGGUCUGAGCACAUCAAGCCAGGUCCACCCUUAUGUAUGUCAGUUGAAGAUGCAACCAACUUAUGGACCCCCAGCAAUGGACGCCAGCAAGGGGCUCUGCAGAGGAAGCUGCUAGUAAAUCCCCUCUGCUGCUCACUUACCUUGAAAGCCCCUUCCUGGUUUCACCAUAAGUUGGCAGCCAAUUGACGGCACAGACAUAAGCGUUUUCUAGUCAAAGCUCAGUCCGUCAAUCUUUGUAUCUGACCAAGUCAGCUUUGACUUAUUCAGAAGUUUACCCUGGAAAAAUUGUGUUGGUCUUUAAGUGGCUACUGUGUAG